CGCCCGCGGAAGCGGCAAGAUGGCGGACGGUUACGGCUUGUGUGAGGCCGGGGCUGCGGCGGCGACUGCUUCUGCUCCCGCUGCCGGCCUGAGCCCGCCGCUGGGCUGGAAGGAGCGGCUGCGGGCUGGGCUGGCGGGGACUGGGGCCUCGUUGUGGUUCGUGGCGGGGUUGGGGCUGCUUUACGCUCUGAGGGUCCCGCUGAGGCUGUGUGAGAACUUGGCAGCGGUGACAGUAUUUUUAAAUUCAUUGACACCCAAAUUCUAUGUGGCACUUACAGGGACAUCUUCUUUGAUAUCAGGAGUAAUAUUUAUAUUUGAAUGGUGGUACUUCCAUAAGCAUGGCACGUCUUUUAUUGAGCAAGUGUCUGUAAGCCAUUUGAGACCACUGAUGGGAGGAACAGAGAGCAGCAUUUCGGAGCCAGUUUCUCUUUCCAGCAACAGACAAAGUGAAGCCGGCAGACAGAAUUUGUCAGAAUGCAAGGUAUGGAGAAACCCUCUAAACCUUUUCAGAGGAGCAGAAUAUAGGAGAUACACAUGGGUGACUGGUAAAGAGCCGCUUACAUACUAUGACAUGAACUUAUCGGCUCAGGACCAUCAGACCCUUUUCACCUGUGACACAGACAUCCUACGUCCUUCAGACACAGUUAUGCAGAAGGCAUGGAGGGAAAGAAAUCCUCCAGCUCGAAUCAAAGCAGCCUAUCAAGCUUUAGAAUUAAACAAUGACUGUGCCACUGCGUAUGUUCUACUGGCUGAGGAAGAAGCAACAACCAUUGUAGAUGCUGAAAGAUUAUUUAAGCAGGCACUCAAAGCAGGAGAAACAAUUUAUAGGCGGUCACAGCAGUGCCAGCACCAAAGUCCUCAGCAUGAAGCUCAACUGAGGAGAGAUACCAAUGUACUGGUAUAUAUUAAAAGAAGAUUGGCAAUGUGUGCAAGAAAGUUAGGAAGAAUAAGAGAAGCAGUGAAAAUAAUGAGAGAUCUGAUGAAAGAAUUUCCUCUUCUUACCAUGUUGAACAUCCAUGAAAAUCUCUUAGAAUCACUUUUAGAAUUACAGGCUUAUGCAGAUGUUCAGGCAGUCCUAGCAAAGUAUGAUGAUAUAAGCCUUCCAAAAUCAGCAGCAAUCUGUUAUACAGCAGCACUGUUGAAGACGAGGACUGUUUCAGAUAAAUUCUCUCCAGAAACAGCCUCUAGAAGAGGGUUAAGCACAGCAGAAAUUAAUGCUGUGGAAGCAAUUCAUAGAGCUGUGGAAUUUAAUCCUCAUGUUCCAAAAUAUUUACUAGAGAUGAAAAGUUUGAUUUUGCCUCCAGAACACAUUCUGAAACGGGGUGAUAGUGAAGCAAUUGCCUAUGCUUUCUUUCAUCUUCAGCACUGGAAGCGAAUAGAAGGUGCUCUUAAUCUCUUGCAGUGCACAUGGGAAGGCACUUUUAGAAUGAUUCCAUACCCACUAGAGAAAGGACAUCUAUUUUACCCUUAUCCCAGCUGCACAGAGACUGCUGAUAGAGAGCUGUUACCUAACUUUCAUCAUGUUUCUGUUUACCCAAAGAAAGAACUUCCUUUUUUCAUCCAUUUCACAGCGGGAUUGUGUUCUUCUACAGCAAUGAUAGCCCUUCUCACACACCAGUUUCCUGAAAUCAUGGGUAUUUUUGCUAAAGCUGUAAGUAUGAUCUCAAGGACUUGUGUAGAGUAUUUGUAAAACCCACAAGAAACCACCUGUGAUCUGUUUGUGCUAACUCAGUUGAACAGUGGAAAAUAUUUGUUAUGGUAAAUUAUAAGAAUUGACUUGUAAAGUUGCUGUCAUAAAUAUGUCAAUCAUAAGUUUUUGGUGAUUUGAGCUAUAUACCUUUGUUGCUUAAAAGUUUAAAGAAUACAAUGCCAUAUAUUAUAAAGUUGGUCCUCAUAGAUCACUUUUGGUGAUAAAAAUGUUACUUAUUACUACCUAAGAAUGAUCCAAUUCUUUUUUAUUAAUGUAUUUGUUUUGAUAUUUAACAAAAAUUCCCUAUUUUGUAAACAAGCCUUUUGUUUUUGAUUUUUUUUCUAUUUAAAUGAAAUAAUUAGUUCUAAAGAGCUGUCGAACUUUAAAUUCAAGAGUGCAACUAAGAUAAAGAAUAAGUAGAUGAGAUGGGACAGGUGAUGAGAUAUUUGUCCUCGGUACAGAAUCUGCCUCCUAACUCAGUGUGGUUCUUCCUGUUAUUUUCUCUGCUUGGUUUUAGUAACCUUCCCCCCAAUCUUGGGUAUAGAAUCCUAUACAGAGCUUUACUCUCAUUUUUACCCAUUAUUGUGGGCUUGUUCCCCUUUUCCUGACCCAGGAAAUACUUGAGUACUAAGAAAGGGGGUAUUCCAUGACUAUUUCCUCUUCUAUAUAAAUUAGUUAAUGUCACUGACUCAAAGUAAAAUUACCAAAGAUAAUUCCCUUUAAGUCGCCAAGCCUUUUAGAAAAUAUAUCUUUCAUGUACACAUGUGCAUUUUUUACCAGGUCAUAAGAAUUAAAACCCGAAAAGAAAGUACUGUUUUAUUGUAUUCCCAAAUGUAAAAUCACCAGGAGCUGUAGAAAAACUAGCCUUUAUUUAGUAUUGUAUUUUCUGUAUUUUUCUCUAUAUGCCUCCAUUCUAACUCCCUGUUUUCUCACCAUUUCUUUUCCUGUCUUAAAAAUAGUUUAUUUUGUGCCUUACAGAUUAGCUGGCUUUCUUCCGGCACCAGUGGUAGCCAGUCCUGGUUUCCCUUUUUCCCUAAAGGUCAGCUGUGUAAUGUGUUAAGUUGCCACUGGCUGUAGGCCUAGGAGUCUGAGUCUGCACUGGAUUCUGAGUUAAGCUUCAAGAAGAAUGACUUUUCACUGUUCAGGGAGUAUAGAUAUUUGGGUUGGAAACUGACUGUUCUAUUUCCUUUAACUGUAAAAAAGAAGCUUAGUGAUUGAUUCUACCAUAACUCUGUUGUUUGCAAUGGUGUUGAUUAGGGAGUGAGUGCAUCUCAAAGUGAAUUGACCUUACUGUGUAAUCCGGCAUGGAAAAGCAAAAUGGACUAGAAAGGGAAUCCCAUCCAUUAAUAGCUGUGAAAAAUAUGUGCCAUUGUUAAUUUGAGAUCACAGGCAGCAAUGGGAGAGAUGGUUCUUGUGUUUCUCUCAGGGCACUGAGGUGAGAAGGAAGUAAAAUAGAGCAAGGUACUGGCUAAAAUUAAUGUGGGAUGUGCUCACCGUAUGCUCUGUCCAUCGACAUUAGUGUAGAGUGUCUGCCUGAACCUAAGAGGUCACUAAUAGUAACAGAAGAGCCUUUAGAAUUACAUAGCAGAACUUAUUCUUUAGCACUCCUCUAGCAGAGUCUGAGAAUGAAUUAUUAUCUAUUUUAAAGCUGAAGCUUCUUUUUUAGACCAAAAGUUAUUGAUAAACUCUGAUUGCAGUUGAAUAAUAAAUAAGCAUUUUUUUCACUGUCUUUUGGUAUUCGUAUAAUUGAUGAUUAUAUUGUUAAAAUGUGCCUGACGGUGAACUUUUUUAAAAAAACAGUCUUCUAUUUAAUUUAAAUGUAUAUUAAUUUUUUUAGAAAAUAUUUAUUUCUUUGUUUCAAAGGCAGAGCAAAGGAGAGAGAGAGAGAGAGAGACAGAGAUCUUUCAUCCACUGAUUAACUCUCCAAAUGCCUGUAAAAACUGGGGGUGGGUCAGGCCAAAGCCAAGAGCCUGGAACUCCAUCCAGGCCUCCCACUUGGCUGUCAUUCUGCUGCCUUCCAGUUGGAUUAGCAGGAAACUGGACUGGAAGAGCAGAGUAGCUGGGACUCAAACCAUACCCUCUAAUGGCUUAACAUACUGCACCGUGACAGUGAACUUUUAUAACCACCUUCUAUCCCUGUGGGGUUUACAUGUUCAUUUUAAAUUUCCAAUCAUCUGGUGGGUGUUUGGCAUAACAGAUGAGCUGCCCAUUUGUUGUGAUGCUCUCAUCCCAUAUCCGUGUGUCUAGGUUCAAGUCCCAUCUCUGACUUUUUUUUUUUUUAUCCGAAUAACAGAGUUACAGAGAGAGAGCGAGACAGACAGACAGAGGGAGGAGGGGAGUGAGGCAGGCAGGCAGGCAGGGAGGGAGAAAUCUUCCAUCUGCUGGCUCAUUCCCCAUAUGGAUGUAAUGGUCAGAGCUGGACCAGACUGAAGCCAGGAGCCAGGAGCUGCUUCUGGGUCUCCCACAUGGGUGCAGGGGCCCAAGCACUUGGGGCAUCCUCUGCUGCUUUCCCAGGCACGUCAGCAGGGAGCUGGGCCAGAAGGGAAGCAGCUGAGAAUUGAACUAGAACCCAGUUGGGAUGCCGUGCUGCGGUUGGCAGCCUGACUCAUCACAGCGCCAGCCCCCAGCUCUGACUCUUAAUUACAGCUACUUGCUAGUGCAGACCCUGGGAAGCAUCAGGUGAUGGCUCAAGUGGUUGAGUUUCUGCUUCCCGUGUGGGAGAGCUGGAUUGAGUCCCUGGAUCCCAGCUUCAGCCUGGCGCAGCCCUGGCUGUUGUGGGCAUUUGGGGAGAAAACUAGUAGAUGGGAGCUCUCUGUCUCUGUGUCUCAAAAAUUUAAAAAACUCCUAGUAACUAUUUGCUGAAACUACCUGCAAACCAAUAUUUGCUGUGCAGAAGUUCCAAAGGCAGGUCCCAUUUAAGAGAGAACAGAAAAUGAUAACAGUAUAGGCAGUCUCCCAUUAUAAAUACAAUAUAUAAAUGCCUUGACAGACCAAGGAACUAGAGGCUCAAAUCCUGUUGCUUCACCACUUGGUAAAGUGUGGUAUUUGUGUUUAGGAGCAUCACCAUCACCCAAGAACUUGUCAAAAAUUCAGGCUCUCAGGCCCCAGUCGAGACCACCUGAAUCGGGAUCUGCAUUUUUACAAGGUUUGCAGGUGAUCUUACAUGUGCAUUUAAAGCUUGAGAAGCCCUGUACUCUCCCCCCAAAUAUGAAGAACUUAAAACACCUAGGUAGUGCCACUCCAUCAAUGUGGAAAAGGGCCAGCAUUGUAGAGUGGUUAUGAGCUUAGACUCUGGAGCCAGACUGCUUUGCUCUGAAUUCCAGCCCUGGCACUUACAGGCUGUGCAACCUCAGGUAAGUUACCUACCCUUUUCUACCUUUAAUUGUAAAGUGAGAACAAUAAUACCAUAUAGGUAUUGGUGAGGAUUAGAUGAACUUAAAAUAUAUCAAAUGUCUAGAACCAUGUCUACUUACAAUAAAAACUAGGUGAGUGUUAAGUGUUAUUGCUGCCACUACUGUCUUCAUUGUCUCCGAAGUGCAGCUAUUUUGGUAAACCCUACCCCCUUCACAUGUGGAGGAGAUAUGUCCUAACAGUGAGCUCAAAAUGCAUUUUCCCACAGAAACUGUAUCAUAAAUGCUGGUUGGGUGUCAUUUAAAUAGCUAUAAUGUAUCUCUGGUACAUCAUGUGGAUGCGAACUAUAGAAGUGGAGAAAUGUUUCAUGUUACAGGCAUUGGCAGACUGCCUUGUGGAAGGGAACUUUUGGGUAAAUUGCAAAUUGCCGAUGUUAGGAUUUGCAAUUAAAUUAGGUAUUUGAUGGCCAAAUAAAGUAGAAAUUUUGAUGAAGAAUCUUUGAAAUAACUAUGUUCUUCUAUUUAGUAAGGCAAAGCAAUUAAAAAAAUUGCCCAGAUUUCUUCAGUUACUAUUGUCUCUUCUGCAUUUAAUUAUCUUUUUAUAUUAGUUUAUAUGCUAAAAAAUUCAAUUUGAAUUUCUUAAAAUGUAUUUGUUAUAAAAAUUGCCUUUUUAUGAAGCCAGACACUAGGGCUUAAUGAUUUUUAAUAAUUCUCACUGUAUCUCAGAUUUAAGUAAAAGGAAGGGAAUGAAGUGGAAUGGCUGGUGGCUUCAUUUUGUUUGUUUGUUUCUGCUUAGCAUACAGCUGUGUGGAAUAAGACUUCAUUUUCAGCAAGCUAGGAUUUUUUUUCCCCUGAUUUUUCUCCUGACUGAGAUGAAAACCUAGUUUGACAUUAGACAUAGAGCAAUGAAAAAAAGUUGCAUAAAUCUCUGGAGAUGUGGAAUGUGCUGAUAUCACAGCUGAUAUUCUCCAAGGCCAGAAUUCCUGAAAAAGGAAAAAUUGCUUUUAAGUUGUAGGUCAUUUUCUCACCUGCUUUGAAGCUUGCUGGGUUAAAUAUGAGAGUUCACAGUAAGGGUAGCCAGCAAACCAACUGAACUGGAAUCUGAUUCUGCUUAUCUGAAAGGAGCUUCUUUAUUUAAGAGCAGCACUGCCUUCUCCUUAGAGAACCAACCUUCAUCUCUUCUGGCCCCUUUAUUUCUGUCUUGCAAGAAAAGCUUUCUUCUUAGUAAAGCUUGGGAGCAUGUUAUCACAACAAGAAAAAAUUUACAGAUGGUCUUUGGGGAUUUCACUAACUUAUGGAUGGAUUCAGUCUUGUGGCAUGUGACUUUAGUGCUUCCACUUCAGAAGUGUGUUUGAAUAUAAAACUCCCUAGUUGGGUUUUAAUAAAUAGAGUAGUCUUUAUCAUGCUGGCAGAAAAAGAUGUUACGGGUAAAGAGAAGAAUCAAAAAGAUUCCUGAUCGCUUCUCGGCCUUUUGGAUAAGAUCAAUUGUAAAAAGAUUUCCGAAUAAAUUGUUUUAC